CUAUAUACCCACGAAUAAACAGUCAAAAUGCGAGCUCUAGUGCAGCUAGCUGUUUUUGCCUUGGCACUGAGUCUGGUGCGUUGCGAGCACGAUUUCUCCCGCUACUCCUUUCAAACAACCCUAAACACUCAAGAAAACGGAGGUCUGUACGAACUCUACUGGACGUUCGACAAUGAAGCAGAGAAAAUUUCCUUCGCCGUUCGCGUGAAUGCAGCGGGUUGGGUUGGCUUUGGACUUUCGCCUAACGGACAAAUGCCCGACUCUGACGUGGUCAUAGGAUGGGUCCCUAGUGAAGGAGACCCUGUGUUCCAUGACCGGUUUGCAGGGGGAAGGGAACCUCCCACAAUAGACGAGCAACAAGACUGGGUGCUGAAAGGUGGAGAGGAAGAGAAUGGCUUCACUAUCCUUGAGUUCAGUCGGAAAUAUGUCACUUGUGAUGACUAUGACCUCCCCAUCACGCCCGAAACAGCUAGGGUCAUUUGGAGUUUCCAUGCCACCACUGACCCAACCUCUGAGGUUCUAACCUUUGCUGACAGACACUCACAUAGGGGAGCUCUCAGUCUCAACCUACUGGGAGGUCUCCCUGAUGCAGCUCCUGAUCCCCUGGGCCUGGACUCCUAUGAUAUUACUGUUAAUGGGAUCACCAUCCCAGAGUCAGACACAACGUACUGGUGUGCUGCUUUCAAGCUUCCCGAGAGUAUCCGCACCCAAACACGGUACAUUACCAAGUUUGGACCUGUUGUGACUGAGGGAAAUGAGGCUCAUGUUCACCACCUGUUGAUCUAUCUGUGUGACGGUAUCAACGACACACAUGUGGGGAAUGGAGGAGUGUGUGACAGUGAUGUGCCACGUCAAGUUGUCGCGUGUCGUGGAGGAACACUCAUAGCUGCCUGGGCAGUUGGUGGAGAGGAGUUUGUGUAUCCUAACAAUGUGGCGUAUCCAUUUGGAGGAGAAGGAUUUCCAGAGUACCUUGUCAUGGAGCUGCACUAUGACAAUCCUCCAAAGAUACAAGGAACUGUGGACAGCUCUGGUAUGAGAAUGUGGUAUACCUCCACUGCGAGGGAAUAUGAUGCUGGGAUAUUGAGAUUGGUCAUGCUGUGACACACCUCCACGUCAUUCCGCCUGGUGCAGAGAACUUCACAACCACCGGCAUCUUGACCAGCGAAUGCACAAAUUAUCUUCCAAAAGAAGGCAUUCAUGUGUUUGCAAAUAUACUUCACACCCACAUAGUCGGUCAUGGACUGAGUCUCCAGCACAUCCGCUACAACUCUGACUGUGGUGUGUACGAGGAACUGGAGCCAAUUGACAGGAAUCUCAAGUACGACUUCAACUUUCAACAGAUCAAUCACCUCAGACGCGAAGUUAUCAUCAAGCCUGGUGCUACUUUUCUCAGGGGGAUAUACUGCAACUGAAAUGCUUUUAUGGAACAACAAAAGAGGAUGGUGUAACAAUUGGAGGGCUCAGUACAAGAGACGAGAUGUGUCUUUCAUUCUUUUUCUACUACCCGAGGCUCAAAUUUACUGCUGGUGUCUCUCACAUUGAUGAUAAUGUAUUUUAUUCCUUCUUGGGCAACUUUCCGUGAGUGGUAUAGCAUAGCCAAACCUCGGUGCACUGUAGCUCUGUCUGUGAGCUGCAAAAAACUAAUACGGCGAUGACAGAGUACAUAUAGCUACCAGCUAUAAUAACAGCUAAAUUCCAACUAUGUCGUGAAGGUGGGUCAGGUUUGCUCUUCCUUAUCAAAACUAAUAUAACUCCGUGGUUAUUAGCUACUAAAAUUCAGGAAAAUUUUACUUGGUAUAGAGCUAAACCUUGUUAACACAGCACGAGCUUUAGCUCUACUGCUUAAGAUGCAUGCAUGCAUGGCUUGCAACAUUCAGUACAUUAUGUACUAGGUGCACCUUUUCUUACAUGUGAGGGCUAUUCAGAGCUUUUCUUGAAAUUAUCAGGACAGGACAGCAGAUACUAGAUGGGACAAUGGAGUACGUUGACGGUCUAAAUGGCAUUCCGUGGAAUGAUGAUACAAGAAAUAUGCUUCAGGGACUUGUAGAUUCAAGCACCCAGAACUAUUACUGUGGUGGAGAGGACGAUAGACUGGAAAACAAGACUAACUUCCCAGAAGUUGGCUGUUCUUACAUACCUCCUGACCAGUGCUCAGCUACCCCAAAUCCUCCUACCUGCUGUGAGAGGAUCUCUGCCACUGAAGAUGGAGUGGUUCUGAGAGCCUCAGUGGCUCUCUUGCUCCUCCUCUCUCUACUGGCUGCCACACUUGGAUGAUAUAAAUACAGCUUGAAACUAUACUGUUUUAGUUUUGUGUAACACCAGUUAGUCGGAAAACAUUUAUUACAAUAUAAUUUUUUUGCACGCUUGAGGUUGUGCAUAACGUUAGGCCAAAGAUACAACUGAAGACACUGGCUAAGAGGCAUGCGAGAGUCUCAGUAAGAGCUAUAGCUAUAUAGUGACGUAUGUGUCUUUUUUAUCGUUAGUUAUUUGUCGCCC